UUCUUUAGAACUGGAACUUAUGAAGAUGCUGUUGAACCUCUUCCCCAGAAAACUACUCUAUUAUCUAGACAAUAUUAAGUUCUAGGAGAAUAAACAAGUUUGGGGCCGUCUACAUCCACUAUGAUCUCAUGAAGUGAGAAAUUAUCUCUAAAUAUAUUGUGGGUGUUUUGCAGGUUGGGAGAUAUCCGAGACGUGUAAUCAGUCUCUUCUUUCGACUACUUUAUCCAUAGUACUGGCCCUCUUCUUGUUGGAACUUCAUACGUUCUUGUCAUAUGGAAGGCGGUUCACGCUUCAGGAUGCUUUGGACUACCGCCGAUGGUAAUAUGUACUAUCAUAGUUUCGACGAGUUGGGUCUGAAGGAUUGUAAUGAUCGAGAUCUUGUAUUAUCUGGAUUUAAAAGAAAUCCGGAAGACUUUCUGAUUGAUGUUGGAUUUUUCUGUGUGGGUGAUUCCUUGUUCAUGGUUGGAGGCAUGACGAAAAAUCUGGAACCAACAAAUGGAUUGUGGUCUGCACUGCCACCACCUGAUGGUUCUUUUAGUGAGUCUUGGACUCUUUGCCCCGCUACUAUGAAUGUAAAGCGAUCCGUCCCCAUUCUUGUCCCGUUGCAUGAUGGCAAGAUAUUCAUCUGCGGAGGCACUAAUGAACGAGAAGGUUGGGCUGAGAUCUACAACCCAAAGAAAGGCGAUUUUGAGGGUACGAACUUUCCUUACAUGGAAUAUCCUCUUCCCAUCAUAGUGGAGGAUGACAGGAUAUUCACCUACGGGAGCAUUUGUCUAAAACAAGGUUGGGGUGAGAUCCAAAACUCGGAUAGUGGCAAGUUCGAUUGUCCCGAUCCAGUCUCUUGCUUUCAGUGGACCGACCAAGUUGUUAUGCUAUACUAUCACCACUUGCUUUACACCAAAAGGAAAUUUCACAAACCAUGUCAACCAUCUCUCCUCUCUUACAACAUUGCUGAACAACAAUGGGAAAUUUUUGCGGACAACCUCCCUCCACCAUUAUAUGAUUCUGAAACGAGGAACCUGGUUUAUGUGGGGGGCGACAUUCUAUUCAUUAUCGACUAUGCAUCUACCUGGUUCGUCUAUGAUCUGUCCUCCAGAAAGGAGGCAGGGGAAGUGUUCGUGAAGGGGAAGCCAACGCGUAAGCGUGUGCCAGUGAAGGCAGCUUUCUAUGCCGGCAACAAAGAUAUUAAAAGUACUAGUUGGGUCAUCUACAUAUUCAUGCCCACGCUCAAUAAAUACUGUGAUCUUGGAUACGCCAAGGUCGAAGUUGUCCAAGGUUGGGGCGGGGAUUACUUUGCUACAUUUCAAAUGAUGGGUGUCCUGAGAGUCGGUCCCUUUUAUGCGAUUUAUAUCAUGCUCAUUCUUGUACGCAGCUUUGCUGAGAACGACAAGAAAGGGGAAGAGAGUAUCUUGUCUUCUUCCUCUGUAUCAAAGAAAAAGGUUCAGCAGGAGGUCGAUUCUGUGGAAAGUUUCUUGCAGUCGCUGGGCCUCGAUAAGUAUUCGAUUACAUUUCAGGCUGAAGAAGUCGAUAUGGCAGCUCUGGUACACAUGAGUGAUGAAGAUCUUAAAGCUACGGGAAUUCCAAUGGGUCCAAGAAAAAAGAUACUUCUGGAAUUGGAGUCGAAGCGUGAUGACUGAGCGGGGCAAGUCCUUUCGGCGUCCUUGGAUGUGGGGGUCGGUCGUGUCAAUUGUUGGUGAACCCUGAUUGGGGGUGGGUGGCUUUUCUUUUCUUUUCUUUUUUUUUUGUGUUCCUAAAACUUUCAUGUAGUUCUCUCUCUAUGGCAGUUUCAAGUUUUUGUUGGUGAAAGUUUGGCUUGAAUGAGCUUAUCAUUGUAAUUGGAAUAUAGUACAUCAUAUAAAUCGAACCUUUAGUUGGUCA